CCCCCGCAGCCGCCGCCCCCAUGCAGCCGCCGCACCGCCUGUGCCCAGCGUGAUGGAGGAGGCGGAAACGUUUGUAGUGGUAAGCAGUGGAAGCGAAGAGGAGGAGGUGGAAGUCGUCCCUUUAGCCGAGAGGCUGAAGAGGAAGGUGGAAGCAGAAAGAGAGGUAGAUUUUGAGCCCUUCCAGCCGAGCGAUGGGGGUGCAGGAGGUGAUAGCAGUGGCCCAUUGGCACCUGGCAGCAAAGGACCACUGGAAGACCUAUUGUAUGGAGAUGUGCCGUGUGGCAACCAAGAUGGCAUGCGCCGAGCUGAGAGGCCCUCCUUGUGCACGGUGCCAGCCUCUCAGUCUGACACCUCAGAUCGGUCUAGUAGGCUCUUAGUAAAUGGGGCAAGCCCAGAAAAAUUCCCCCCUCCCAAGAAGCCAAAAUACAGUCAAGAGGAAAGGGAGGCGAUCUGCCAGGCCGCACAACAGAAGCAGAAAGAGCGAGAAGCACGGAGAAGGCAGCAGGAGCAGGAGAAAGAGAGGAAGAGGGCCCUUGCCAAGAUGCUGAAAGCUCAGCGACCAGGGGAGUGCCAGAAAUACAUAACUGUGGUGCUGGAUGAAGUUCUCUUACAGGUAGAUGGUGGUGGACAGGUCCUUAGUGCUUUGCAGGCUGCAAAUUACUCCUCUGUGGUUGAAAAUCAGGCCGUUCCCUGCAGCAUCACCUGGAGGAGAAAGACAGUGUCAUCUCAGGUGGGAGAAGGAGAUGAAUGGACAGAAGAACCAAAUGUCCUGGUUCUGCAUGGAUUGGAGGAGUUUUUGUCCAUGGUUCGCAACUACAAAGAAGAGGCUCAGGGCUUCACAGAAGGGCAGAGCGAGACCCUGCAGAGCUACGUAGCUCAUGUGAUGGAUAAAAUGCCUGGGAAAAUUCUGGCACUAGCGGUAGUUGGAAUAGAAAAUUAUUUCAGAGUUCAGUCGAAAAAGAGACCACAGCAGGCAGCAGCAAGUGGAAACCAAGAACAGGAACAGCAAAAACUGAGAAAAAGGAAAGUUAAGGAUUCUGGCCUGGAGAUAACAAGAAUGGAUGUGGAAGAAGCCUUGGUGGAUCUGCAGCUGAACAAACAGGUCCAAGUUACCUUUUUUGAGAGCUGGGAGGAGCUUGGAGAAUUUGCUGCUAUGUUCACAAAAGCUGUAGCUGAAGCACCUUUCAAGCGAGAGCGUGCGAAGACAGGGUUCUCUUUCUACUUAGAGAAGAGCUGGUGUGGAGGGGUGAAGGUGGAUCCUUCUGGAAAGGGUCUAUUGGAAGUCUGGAAGAGACAAAUACAGCAGUUUAACCGUGUGAGCCUCGAGAUGGCCGAGGCCAUAGUGUCUGCAUAUCCUUCUCCUCAGCUUCUGACCCAGGCCUAUAGCAGGUGCUCCUCAGAGCAGGAGCGGGAAAACAUGCUGGCUAAUAUCCCUGUGCACCGUGGGGAGGGUGUGACAGCCACCUCCCGGCGGGUCGGACCAGAAGUCUCCCGACGGAUCUACCUGCAGAUGACUUCCCACGAUCCUGGUAUCUACUUGGAUUUCACUGGGUAGCCCCGGGGGAUGAUAAAAAUACUGUUUGCUUGGUUUAGGUGUUCAGCUAUACAGUAGCCCAUUUUAAACUUCCUUCAGAAGUGCUUAGGUAACAAGUAGAUUCAUCGAUUCUGGUUUAAAGAGUUCAAACUUUUAAACCUCAUUAUAGCAGGUUAGAUAAAAUUGCUGAAUGGCUGUAGAGUUUACACAAGAUUACUAACAUCUCCCAUAAGAGUGAGCUGGACACUGCUUACAGUACUAGUGGUUGUUUUGUCUUCAUCCAAAAUAAAUAAUUUGGGAUAAUAA